AUGAGGAGUCGAGGGCAAUUCAUCCUCUACUUUCUCCUGGCUCUUUGGUCUACCGGCACGAACUUCUCUGAGGCGGGAAUUGCGACUCGAGCUCCCAAAAUCGGACGCCUCAUCCGGGUUGAGCCCUCUGGGAAGGGGGACUUCACGAGGAUACAAGACGCCAUUGAUGCCGUGCCGUCGAACAACUUAGAGCUCGUGUUCAUACGGGUCGAGCCAGGGACGUACCACGAGAAAAUCAUGGUCCCGGUAGACAAGCCUUUCAUAACUCUAAGUGGGAGGAGCGCGUCCAACACGAUCAUCACAGGGAGCGAUAGUGGAGACAUAUUCGGUUCACCCACCGUUUCCAUCCUGGCUUCCAACUUCGUCGGUCGUUAUCUCACAAUUCAGAAUACUUAUGGGUCGGGAGCAAAAGCCGUGGCAUUGAGAGUGUCCGGCGAUAUAGUUACGUUUUUGGCGUGCAGAAUCACAUCUCACCAAGACACAUUGCUUGACCACGUCGGGAGGCAUUACUACAGCAACUGCUACAUCGAAGGUGACGUGGACUUCAUCUUCGGCAAUGCUGCUUCUCUCUUUCGGAAAUGCCAUGUGCAUUCGGUGUCGCGAGGAGGAGGAUUCAUCACGGCCCAACACCGAUCAUCGCCGUCGGAGAACACAGGCUUCGUCUUCUUGGGCUGCACGAUCACGGGCCUCACCAACACUUUCUUGGGCCGACCGUGGGGCCCAUAUUCGAGGGUCGUCUUCGCCCUCUCUUACAUGUCUAGUGCCGUCCUCCCCCAGGGAUGGGAUGACUGGGGCGACGCAUCCAAACAGAGGACGGCCUACUAUGGGCAAUAUGAAUGUUAUGGACCGGGGGCCGACACGUCGAAGAGGGUUCCCUGGUCUCGUGUCCUUACUGGUGAGGAAGUGUCGCCCCUCUUGACAACGGAUAUGGUUGACCAACAAAGCUGGUUCAGAAAUGCUCCAUCUUUGUUCAACUGAGGCUAAUGUCGGUUCAAAGAAUGUUGUCGAAAAUAUUAUAUGUGUGUAUGUAACGAAAAAUUACUUUAAUUUGCUUACAUUGAAAAUA